UAAAUUAAGUCCACUAUUCUUGAUCACCCCAGCUACCGUCUCGGCCAUGGCCGUCGCCGGUGCUGUGCUAGUGAUAGCAGCCGCCGUGCUCUGCUCAUCGGCGGCCGGUGAGGCCGAGCUCAGCACCCGGCGCCAGCUGGUCCCGGCGGUCUACGUGUUCGGGGACUCGCUCGUGGACGCCGGCAACAACGACUUCCUGCCGGCGCCGGCGCCCAAGGCGGUGCCCCCGAACGGCGUCGACCUCCCACGCGAGGUGCUCCGGCGGACCGGGCGCUUCACCAACGCCUACAACCUCGCCGACAUCAUCGCCCAAUUUGUGGGAUUCAAGAUGAGCCCACCCGCUUACCUCUCGCUAACGCCAUUAUCAAGCCUCUAUCUCUUCCGAGGUCAAGGCGGCGCCAACUACGCUUCCGGCGGAUCUGGCAUCCUAGACAUAACUGGGAACGGGACGAUCACCCUGCGUGAACAAGUCCAGCUGUUCGCAAAGACCAAGGCCAGAAUCAUCCGGGCCGCCCUGGUGGGCCGCGAGAGGUUGGAUGACCUGGUGGCCCGGUCCCUGUUCGUCAUCAGCGCCGGCGGCAACGACUUCGGAGCGUUCGACCACGGCGGCGUCCCCAUAAGCGAGGCGCCGGCGUUCAUCGCCGGCAUGGUCGCCACCUACCUAGAGUAUAUCAACGAAUUGUACAAGCUAGGAGCACGGCGGCUGGCCCUGCUGGACAUACUGCCCGUCGGGUGCCUGCCGAGCCAGCGAGCCACCACGGCCAACGGCGAGUGCAGCGCCAGCGGCAACUCUCUGUCGCAGCUGUUCAACGCCCUCCUCCGGAACGAGAUGGCGAAAGCCGUGGCGGCCUCCAUGCCGGGCUUGAAGUACUCCAUCGCCAGCGUCUACAACACCUUCUCCGAUAUGAUCGCCAACCCAACGCUGGCCGGACUGCGUGAUGUGGAGACCGCAUGCUGCGGCGGCGGCAAGCUCAACGGCGAGGUCGACUGCACCGUAGGCGCGUGCCUCUGCUCGGACCGCGACGAGUACCUGUUCUGGGACAAGGUGCACGGCACGCAGGCGGCGUACCGCCACGCCGUCCUCGCCUUCUUCUAUGGCCCAACGAGGGACGCCGAGCCCAUCAACUUCUCGCAGUUGCUCCGAGAACCGUCGUCCUCGGCGACGGCUCCUUACUCCUCCAUCUAGGUACUCGAUGCAUGUUAUGAAGGGCUUGGGAAUGUAGCAGCACAUUUUGCACUUCAUGUCUACAUUUUUUAUCUUGUGCUGUAAUAAUAAAUAAAGUCUAGUCCUUAGGGUCAUUCGUUGGAAGUUUAAAGACAAGUGGUGAUGUUAAAGACAGGAUGAUUUUAUAUGCUAUUGUGUUAUUUUGUUUA